ACCGUCAAGGCCACGUCCCCGCUCGGCGACCCCCGGGUGACCUACAACCUGGAGGAGGGUCAGGUGCCGGAGACCAACAUGCCGGUGCGCUUCUACAUCAAACCGAACCGGGCGGACAGCUCGGCGUCCAUCCUGGUGGCCGAGAACCUCGACUACGAGACCACGCGCUUCUUCACGCUCAGGGUGCGGGUCCAGAACGUCGCAGCUGUGCCGCUGGCAUCGUUCACCACCGUCUACGUCAACGUGACAGACGUCAACGACAACGUUCCUUUCUUCCUGUCGUCCACGUACGAGGCCACGGUCCCCGAGGGGGCGCAGAUCGGCACGUCGGUGGCUCAGGUGUCGGCCACAGACCUGGACUCCGGACUGCACGGGAUG